AUUUUAUAAUUAAUCACCUAGAAUCUUUCUAACCAACCUAACUUGAUCGGGUUAGAGUAAAGUUUUUUUCUUUCAAAUCUCUUAAGUUUUACGUUUAUGUAAUUACGCGUAGAGUCCAUUGUCGAUCUGGUUGACUCUUUUUUUUUGGAGCAAUUGCUUGACUCUUUUUUUUGGAGCAAUUGCUUGACUUAUAUCUACAUCAUUCAAUCAAAAAACCAAUAAUAAUUUACAUAUAAAACAUUGACCAAAAAUGGUAUUUAUAGUUUAAAUAAUAUAAUGGAGAGGGGAUGAUGAUUUAUGAUUGUAUGGGCUAACAUAAAAUAUGGUGGAAGUUUUAGUGGUGAACAUCACAACUUCAGUGCAAGAAAGAACAUCCUUCAAGAUAUUGUUAUUAUAUAUCGCUUGGAAUGAUAGUUGAACAAAAAAAAUGGCUUGGAAUGAUAAAGAAAAUUUAGAGGUUUGACUAGUUAAGCAAAAGAAAAUAUAUGAAAUGAUCAUGUAUGUCACGAUGAUUACAAGUCGGAUCAAACCCAAUCUCUCUUCACAUGUCUCUCCUCUGUAUAUAUACUACACCAAGUUGUACAUCUCUUACAACUCGAUGAGAAAUAAAACCAAUUCAAAGAGUUCGCCGGGAAAAAUAAAAGAACAUGACGACGAACAUAACAACUUCCAUAACCAUCUUUCUAAUCUUCCUCGGUUUACUUCGGGUCGAUUCAUUUCCCGGUUUAGAAACAGCGACCGGAACUCUAGCUUCGAUUCCAGCAGUAUACGUGUUAGGAGAUUCGUUGGUUGAUGCCGGAAACAAUAAUUACUUAGCAAUCUCUAUAUCCAAAGCUAAUUAUCCGCAUAACGGCGUCGAUUUUCCUGGCAGUAUAGCCACAGGAAGGUUCUGUACUGGCAAAAACGCCGCUGAUACCAUCGCUGAGAAAUUUGGUCUACCGUUACCCCCUCCGUAUCUCUCACUGAAAGGCAUAUUUAAAGAGGAAGAAAGAAAAGCCGCCGCCUUGAGCGGUGUGAAUUUUGCAUCCGGCGGAGCUGGCAUCUUCAACAGUUCCGAUCAGCAACUUAGACAAUCUAUUCCUUUAUCAUACCAAGUGAACAAUUGGCUUUCCAUUCAUAAAGAACUCAUGAGUCAGCUUGAUCCAUCGGAAGCACAAAUCCACCUAUCCAAAUCUCUAUUCUUCGUGGUUAUAGGCAGCAACGACAUUUUUGACUAUUUUGGAUCGUUUAAACUUCGACAAAAGACCAAUCCUCAACAAUAUACACAAUCAAUGGCUGAUAAACUCAAAGAGCAAUUGAAGAGACUUCACGAUACUGGAGCACGUAGAUUACUAAUUGUAGGUGUAGCACAGAUUGGUUGCACACCUGGACAGCGUGCGAAGAACUCAAUGCAUGAAUGCGACGAAGAGGCAAAUACGUGGGGUUCUUUAUACAACAAAGCUCUAGUAAAGAUGCUACAACAACUCAAAGAAGAGUUGGGAAGCUCAAUGACUUAUUCUUACUUUGAUAAAUUCAAUUCUCUCCAUGACAUUGUCACCAACCCUGCCCGUUACGGUUUUGCUGACGUGAAAUCAGCGUGUUGUGGAAGAGGGGAAUUAAACGCGCAGUUACCUUGUUCGCUUGUGUCAAACUUAUGUUCAGACAGAACCAAAUAUCUCUUCUGGGAUCUCUACGGGCAUCCCACUGAAGCUGCUGCUCGUACCAUUGUCGAUCUUAUGUUAUCUGAUGAUUCACAAUACUCAUCUCCUUUAACUCUCACUCAACUGGUCUCUUCAUGAUCACUACGGCUUCGCUUUCGAAAUAUAAAAUCACCAGACCUGAUUUGUAAUCAAGUAUACGGAAUAAAUCUGUCAGCAAUGAAAUACACUUUAUUAUUUACUAA